CGGGUAGAGGCGGCAACAUGGCGGCGGUCGUAUGGGGCGCGCAGCGUUUCGCCGGGCGAGCCGCCCGCUUCUUUCUCCUCCCGGGGCGGACUUCUCGAAUGCUUUGCACAGUGACUAAGGAAAAAAGUACUGGGCCGAACUUAGAAGAGGAGCCAAGUCACCACCAGAACGAAGAGAAAUCUGACUCUGCUGCAAAGUUAUUAACCGAAGAAAAAACUAAAUUGGAAGAUCAACUAAAAGAAAUGACUGACAAGUAUAAACGUGCCCUGGCAGAUGCAGAAAAUCUGCGACAAAGAACUCAGAAGCUGGUAGAAGAAGCAAAGUUAUAUGGAAUUCAGAGUUUCUGUAAAGACUUGUUAGAAGUUGCUGAUGUUCUGGAGAAAGCAAUGGAGAGUGUUCCCAAAGAGGAGCUCAAGGAUGAAAACCCUCAUCUGAAAAACCUCUAUGAAGGUCUUGCCAUGACAGAAGUUCAGAUACAGAAAGUGUUUGGAAAACACGGCUUGGUGAAACUGGAUCCCCUUGGAGCCAAGUUUGAUCCUUAUGAACAUGAAGCAUUAUUCCAUGCACCCAUGGAAGGGAAAGAGCCUGGCACAAUUGCUUUAGUGUCCAAGGUGGGCUAUAAAUUGCAUGGCCGUACUCUGAGGCCUGCCUUAGUUGGUGUGGUGAAAGAACCGUAAUAGUUUAAUCUGA